ACUCCUUCGAACAUCAGUUCUGUGGUUGAUGAGAUUCUGACCGGAUCUAGACCAGUCGUGGUUCUCUGGGGUGCAGCGUUUUCAUGCAAUAAAAGCUUGAUGGAGAAGAAUAUUCGUGCAAUUCUGAAUAUUAUGCUAACCACACCUCUGGUUUUGGCUGGAUCCAUUUUAUGCAAAAAUUUGAUUCGCAGUUUGAUAGUUGAGAAACCUUACACCACAGUCGCACGUAUUAAUACGUUCCAGUUGGAACGGUAUUCUCACUUGCAACGAGAUCAGAAGCGAUUCAAUUGUUUAUAG